AAUAAGGGCUCCUGUUAGGUUCAUCACAAUGUUCACCUCUCAUCGCACUCAACCCUUCUCCGCCCUCCUAUUCUCUGUUCGAAAACGAAAUGCAGCUUCCCAGUCCACUGAGGCCAACGAAGAAGCCUCUCGCCAACCUUCAUGAUCUUGUCGAGAAGGCUAGAAUCCAAUGUGGCAUCCCAGGGAUGAGUGUUGCUGUCCUCUACAAGGACCAACUCAUCUUCGCAGAAGGCUUCGGAAAGCGAAAUGAGCAAGAGCCCUUCACUGUAGAUACCAUAUCGGAAAUUGGGUCUCUGACCAAGGCUUUCACCGCAACUGCUAUUGGUGAAAUGGUUGCUGAGGGAAAGAUGGAUUGGGACAAGACACCGGUCAACAAGUUCCUCCCCGAGUUUGAGCUCAAAGAUCCCGUUCUGACUUCCCAAUUGACUCUGGUCGACCUACUCUCUCAUCGCACGGGUCUUCCUGAUGUAGAUCUGGGCUGGUACAGGAGCACACUCCCAAGAAGGGAGCUCAUCAAGCGACUCAGGCACGUCGAUAUGACCUCCAAAUUAGGCUCCAAGACUCAGUACAACAAUGUGAUGUUCGCCGUCGCAGGAGAGGCAGCUGCCAAUGUCGCAGGCAUACCUUAUGAGGACCUUGUCCAGGAAAAGGUUUUGAGCCCCUUGGGCUUGACCAACACUGGAUUCUCUCCCAUGGAGAUGAAGAAGCGAUCGAACCAUGCCAUGUCCUUUAGUGCUGCUUCUAUCGAGCAUGCUCAAAAUGGAAUAUUCAAGAUGAAUGAUCUAGAUGAGGUUUAUGCGUCCACCGCACCUGCUGGGGAUAUGCACUCCAAUGUGCUGGAUCUCGUCCGAUGGGGGAAGACAGUUAUGAACACCGGCGAGUUGAACGGCAGACAGAUCCUGAACAAGGACAGCAUUAGGGAGACUCUGACUGCGCACAGCAUUAUGACGGAACCGCGUACACCCGAGUUUGCGCCUGUAGUCAAUUAUGGCCUCGGCUGGUGGUUUGACUCCUACAAGGGACAGGUUUUCUAUCGCCACUCUGGCUCCAUCUCUGGGUUCCGCUCCAAUUUGACCAUAUUCCCACAUGUGGAUCUAGUAAUUGCCCAACUCUUCAACAUUUUCCCUUCAGAACUGGGCCCCAACCUCGCCUACCAUAUCGCGGACGAUCUUCUUGAUCUUCCCCGAACCCAGGAUUGGCUCUUUGACGUGGCUGUGAAGGAGACCAAGGUAUACUAUGACCUGCUUGCGGGAUUCGACAAGGGUAAUCUGCCCGAGCCAGUGCCCAAUCAACCUCCAGCUCAUGCUUGGCAAGCCUAUGUGGGAGCGUAUUUCAACCCGGUCUUUGGGGAAAUUUCUGUCCGACUGGAAAAGGAGGCGGAGACAGGAGAGAAUGCUUUAUUUUACAGGAUGGGGCAUUUUGACGGCAAGCUGGAGCAUUAUCAUUUCGAUGCGUUUGUAUUGAGGAUCCGCUAUAGUACAGUCAUGGUGACAAGUCUUGUUAUGUUCCAGACAGGAGGAAAUGGCAAGGUGGCGGCAUUUGUAACUGAGUUUGAUGAAGGUGUCAUGCACGAGUUCAAGAGGAAGAACAAGGCCGGCAGCAGCCUUCAGCAGCCUAAGGAGGAAUAGUAGGAAGAGGAGCUGCUGAGGGUUUACAUACUAUCUAAUAG